GGCGCUACAAUCGCAUAGUGGUGUGUUUAGGAUUUUUUGCUGCUUUUAGCCGGAGUUUCGAAGAAGAGUUUUUUGGAAAAUUGUGCGUGUGCCAAGCAAUUGGCUGUGUAUUUUUUGUGUUAAAAGGGUUCAAAAAACGGCUUCAAAAUUAAUUACUCAAAGUACCACAACGCCAUGAGUUUAUCGGCGGCGAUUUCAAAGGUUUUUCCACAGCAAACAGUAGAAAUGUCACAGUGAUUUUUCACACCCUCCUUUUUUCACGUAUUUUAGCGAAUUUGUGUGAUAUUUUCCACUGUAGUUAUCUAUUGCAAGUUGCUAUGGCAAGCAUCAGUUGUAAAUUGCCGAUACUCUACUCAUACUGGCGUAGUUCGUGCUCCUGGCGUGUCCGGAUAGCACUCAAUCUCAAGGAGAUCCCCUACGACAUAAAGCCCAUCAGCCUUAUCAAGGCGGGCGGGGAGCAACACUGCAAUGAGUACAGGGAGGUGAAUGCAAUGGAACAAGUACCAGCACUUCAAAUAGAUGGACACACGCUGAUUGAGUCCCUGUCAAUAAUGCACUAUCUGGAGGAGACUCGUCCGCAGAGACCACUUCUCCCCCAAGAUGUUCACAAGAGAGCGAAGGUGCGUGAGAUAUGCGAAGUAGUUGCAUCGGGUAUUCAACCCCUUCAGAAUCUCGUUGUGCUCAUUCAUGUGGGGGAGGAGAAGAAGAAGGAAUGGGCUCAACAUUGGAUAACUCGUGGCUUUAGGGCCAUCGAGAAGCUCCUUUCGACUUCUGCUGGAAAAUUCUGCGUAGGUGAUGAGAUCACAAUGGCAGAUUGCUGUUUGGUACCUCAAGUUUUCAAUGCUAGACGAAAAUUUGGGUACGUAUGGAUUUUCAGGGCAUAGGGACACGACUUUCAAGAAUUUUGCUACAAAAAUAGGAUCAGAAUUCACCAGACGUUCAGCAAAAAAUUUGGUAAGGACAUAAUGUUGUAAUUUAAAUUUCUGAAACUUUUUAAUCCAAAUACUAGAGCAAAUAUGGCAAUAUUGGGCCUUUUUUUACAGUACACCCAUAAAGUACCCAUAGUCAGAAGUAGUUCAGAUUCAUUUGUAAUCACAAGAAUAUUUUGUAUUAGCGUCAAUCAAAGCAUGAGACACGUAAUCGAUAAUUGUUUCACAAACUAAAGGCAGAAAAACUUCUUCUUCCAGUCAGGAUUGAACUGGGGAUCUUUCUGGGAUUGAACUAGGGACCAAUUAGGGAUUGGACGUCACAUAUUUUGACCGACGCUAAUCAUAGCAAUAUCUAAUUAACCUUUAAAUAUUUUGAAAUUAUGUUUAAGGUCCUAAAAGUCACAAAUUCGAUAUCUCAGUCGACUGAGUGAAGUCGGUUCUAAAGCAUCUAUGCCUCCAACGAUGGUUUUUACUGGUUUUAAAUCAUUAAUCAAAAUGGGUCCUGAUCAAAAUCCCGAAGCCAAAAAUCUCAAAAACUACAAUCCAGAAUAUCCAAAAUCCCGAAUGGAUCAAAAUCCCGAAAAGCCAAAAUUUCGAAAAUACGAAAUCUUGAAAAAUCAAAAUCUCGAAAACUCUGAAAUCUCGAACGGAAAAUUUCCAAAAACCAAAAUACUGAAAAGCCAAAAUCCCAAAAGUGAAAAACCUGAAUAAUAAUAAAUCCUGAAAAAAUCAAAAUCACGAAAUCAACAGUUCCGUGAAGGCUACUAUCCACAUUUUGAGACAAGUAAGUUUCAAUUUACUGCGGCGGUGUAAAUGGUCUCAAUGAAACAGCUUAUAUUGCUGCCUCAGAUUGAGACUAAAUUGUUCCAAAACGCAUUUUGGGAUAAUUCAAUCUCAAACCAAUGCUGCGGUAAAAUAGCCUCAGUGUCAUAGCUACGAUUACACCCGCAUUUGUUGGAAGCAAAAGGAAAUUUUCUGUGUUUUGGGAAAUUAUCCACACAUUUGCCUCGUAUAAUUUCGUUCAUUUCGUCCCUUUUAGUAUUUUGAUCAUUCAGGAUUUUGUCUUUUAGGAUUUAAGCGUUUUAAGAUUUUGACUUUUCGGGAUUUUGGCUUUUCGAGAUUUUGGUUUUCGGAAUUUCGACCCAUUCAGGAUUUUGGAGUCUCGGAUUUUGGAGUUCGGGGAACGGCUGGUUGGAAGUAAUCAAAAUAGUUAGGGGACUGAUUUGGGAAGCCGGCGUGUAAUGACGUGUCUUGUGCGAGUGUUCUGUAUUUAAAGUGAAAUCUGAGUGUAUCGUGCUGUUUUUUGCCUGGUUUUUAGUGCAAAAGGACUGCAGUGGAUACAGUGUACACACCUGUGUUGUGGAACCUCAAGGAAGUUGCUAAUUUUUAGCAUAAAAGAGGAUUUAUCUACUGCAUCUCUACGAAUCCGUUAAGGGAAUUGAUGUGAUAGCGGUAUUUGUGAGACUUCUCACAAUAGGACACUGCAAAUCACUCAAUUGCCUAAUUCUUGGCGAUUAGUGGAUGACAAAAUCUUUUCCUCCUUUGAGUUCGUGAUUUUUUUAAGUGCAAUCGUAUGUCUUAUAUAAGACAAAGGACACCGUCGUCGAAAGCCGAGCACUAGACUGUGAGGAAGGCAUAAACACAUCAUGCGGAGUAGAGAUGGUAAAAUUUCAGAAAUUUCACAGCAGUCGCCAUCUACUUUAGGUGGAAAUUCAUGAAAUUUCUUGAAAUUUACCAACUUUAAUGCGGAGAAAAGGAGGUUUGGCGGUGGGACUCUUUGGUAAGCUAGGCGUAAUGUCUCCAGGUAAGGGUCUAUUUGUCCAAUUCUCCUCACCGCUGAAGGAUGCUCUCUUUCACAAGGAUCCUCACCGGUGAUCAGGGAUAUAAAGCAAAUGAAUUAGAAGAGUUUUAAGGAAAAGAAGUGGAAUUGGUGUUAUUGCUGGGAGGAUUAGUUGUCAAAGGGAAAACCUUUCAACUGCAUUUUUUGCCAGCUAUACAGUACCAUUCCACAAAUCGCAGCGCACCAAAAAAAAUUUUAAUUUUUCCAUAUGUGUUCAAAUAUUUUCAGUUGUUAUGGAAACAAGAUGUUUCUUGACUCCUAGCUGGAUUUUUGGGCCAUAAAUAAAAUCUUAUGGAGACACUUAGAAUGUCAUAAGUGUGGAAUAUCGGAAUAGAUGGUGUCUUAUUUUUAGGCUCUUAUCUCCGAUAAACAUUUUUAUAUCUAAUGGUUUUCUUACGAAUGUAAAUUAAGUAUGUGAAAUAAUACAUAAACACACGCAUUAUGUGUGUAUUGAAAUAUUACAAGAUGAAACAAAAGAAUAAAAACGGUUAAAUUAAAAAAAAAACUUUACUAAUAUGAAAUUAAUUAAUUUCUUACGAAUCAAUAAUGAAUAAAUACUUUUUAGCGCUUUAGCUUUAUUUAGUAAAAAAGAAAAA